AUGGCGGAUCGGAUUAAAGGUCCAUGGAGUCCUGAAGAAGACGAGCAACUACGUAGGCUUGUGGUUAAAUACGGUCCAAGAAAUUGGACGGUUAUUAGCAAAUCGAUUCCCGGUAGAUCGGGAAAAUCGUGUCGGUUACGUUGGUGUAACCAGCUUUCGCCGCAGGUUGAGCACCGACCGUUUUCGUCGGAGGAAGACGAGACAAUCGCACGUGCUCACGCGCAGUUCGGUAAUAAAUGGGCUACGAUUGCUCGUCUUCUCAACGGUCGUACGGACAACGCCGUGAAGAAUCACUGGAACUCGACGCUUAAGAGGAAAUGCGGUGGUUACGACCAUCGUUACGAUGUUUCGGCGACGGAGGAUCAUCAUCAUCGGCCGAUGAAGAGAUCGGUUAGCGAUGGAUCUCCUCCUGUUGUUACUGGGCUUUAUAUGAGCCCAGGAAGCCCAACUGGAUCUGACGUCAGCGAUUCGAGUACAAUACCGGUUUUACCCUCCGUCGAGCUUUUCAAGCCUGUGCCACGUGCCGGUGCUGUGGUUUUGCCGCCACCGCCGCCGGUGACCCCGACGGCGACUAUCGAGACGUCGUCGUCUUCCGAUGACCCACCGACUUCGUUGAGCUUGUCGCUUCCUGGUGCUGACGUAAGCGAGGAGUCAAACCGUAGUCACGAGUCAACGAAUAACAACAACUCUUCGAGCCGGAAGAACAACAAUACGUUGUCGUUUAUGCCGUUUUCUGUUGGGUUCCGAGGUGCGAUUGAGGAUAUGGGGAAAUCGUUUCCCGUUAACGGCGGUGAGUUUAUGGCGGUGGUUCAAGAGAUGAUUAAGGCGGAGGUUAGGAGUUACAUGGCGGAGAUGCAGAGAAACAACAAUGGUGGUGCAUUCGUUGGAGGAUUCAGGGAACAUGGAAUGAUUCCGGUGAGUCAAAUUGGAGUUGGGAGGAUCGAGUAG